AUGGCGUAUCCGAAGAAUGGCGGGCGUAUCGAAAGCGGACGCGGUCACCAGUCGUUCCUUCCUCAGCAUCACAUCAAGAAGAACCCUCGAAGCGAGGCCGAGUUGGGCAUUUGCGACGUGGUCUUGGUGUCUUACACCACGAUUGAGGCGGCAUACUCAGAGAUUCGUCAGACGGUAAGGGGGCUUGCCAUCCGUGAAGAAGGAUUCGAGGACGAGACUGAACGUCCAGGGGACGCUUCGGCCGCCAUACAUGAUGAGACGCUGGCGCGAAGCAAUCUCAAUCGAGCCAACCCGCCUGUUGUUCGACCGCUAUGCCAGAGUCGAGCCCAACUUCCUCUGCUUGCUCAUUCUUUUGCUACGAUCGUCCUGGACGAGGCCCACAAGAUCAGGAACUCGAACACGCUGGUGACUUGUGGAGUCCGUCAAAUGCAUGCAGAGAUUCGAGUGGCGGUGACUGGCACGCCGCUGCAGGACUCGCUAGAAGAUCUCGGCUCACUCCUCAUGUUCCUCAACAUCUCACCAUGGCAAGACCUCGUCUUGUUUAAGCGAUGCUUCAUGACCAAGCAAUGGCAAUCCGAUCUUCCGGCUGAUAGAAAGGCCCAGUAUCACGAUAAUGACGCCAUCCUCUUCGCGAUACGUUCAGGCAUCGGCAUUCGUCGUGUCAGGAAUCAGUUGUUCGACGACGAGCCGAUCCUAGGUACGCCCAAAUGGGACUCGUACUACUCCGGCUGCGGGCUCAGCAGCAAGCCGUAA